AUGGCUGCUUUCGGGAUCUUAAGUUACGAACACCGGCCAUUAAAGCGGCCCCGGCUCGGCCCUCCGGACGUUUACCCGCAAGAUCCGAAGCAGAAAGAGGAUGAGUUGACUGCCCUCAAUGUGAAGCAAGGAUUCAACAACCAGCCGGCUGUGUCUGGUGAUGAACAUGGCAGUGCCAAAAAUGUCAACUUCAACCCCUCGAAGAUCAGCUCAAACUUCAGCAGCAUCAUUGCAGAGAAGCUGCGGUACAACACGUUCCCGGACACAGGCAAACGUAAACCGCAGGUCAACCAGAAGGAUAAUUUCUGGCUCGUCACAGCAAGGUCCCAGAGCUCCAUCAAUAACUGGUUCACAGAUUUAGCCGGGACUAAACCUCUGACGCAGCUGGCUAAAAAGGUACCAAUCUUUAGCAAAAAGGAGGAAGUUUUUGGUUAUUUGGCCAAGUACUCUGUUCCUGUGAUGCGUUCAGCGUGGAUGAUUAAGAUGACCUGUGCAUAUCACGCUGCUAUCACCGAAACUAAAGUCAAGAAGAGGCACGUCAUUGAUCCUUGUAUAGAAUGGACACAGAUCAAAACUAAAUAUCUUUGGGAGCAACUUCAGAAGGUGGCAGAGUUUUACCGGCAGGUUCCCAGUCAGGGCUGCAGCUCGCCUCUUCCUGCCAUGCCGGCGGACGUGGAGACGGCCAUGAAGCAAUGGGAGUAUAAUGAGAAGCUGGCCAUGUUCAUGUUUCAGGAUGGGAUGUUAGACCGGCAUGAAUUCCUGACGUGGGUGCUGGAGUGUUUCGAGAAGGUCCGACCUGGAGAAGACGAGCUUCUCAGACUGCUCCUGCCCCUCUUGCUACAGUACUCAGGGGAAUUUGUACAGUCUGCCUACUUGUCGCGAAGACUGGCUUACUUCUGCACACGCCGGCUCAACCUGUUGCUAAGCGACGGGAGCCUGGGCCCCGGCACAGGAGGGCAUCCGGCCCAUGGCAUCUUGACACAGCAAGGCAGCGCCCUUCCCCCCACCCCGACCUCCCAGCCAGCAGGAGGGAACCAGCCCCAGACGCCUUUCACAGAUUUCUACAUCUGCCCGCAGCACAGGCCUCUGGUGUUCGGCCUCAGCUGCAUGUUACAGAGCAUAGUGCUGUGCUGUCCCAGUGCCCUGGUAUGGCAUUACUCUCUGACCGACAGCAGGAACAAGACAGGCUCACCUCUGGACCUCCUCCCCAUCGCCCCCUCAAGUUUGCCAAUGCCAGGAGGCAACAAUGCCUUUACGCAGCAGGUUCGUUCAAAGUUGCGAGAAAUCGAGGAGCAAAUUAAGGAGCGAGGUCAGGCCGUUGAGUUCCGAUGGUCAUUCGACAAGUGCCAAGAGACGACGGCCGGGUUCACCAUUGGGAGGGUUCUCCACACUCUGGAAGUUUUAGAUAACCACAGCUUUGAGAAAUCUGACUUUAACAACUCGCUGGAUUCGCUGUAUAACAGGAUAUUUGGUUCUGGUCAGAGUAAAGAUGGCCACGAGAUGUCACCUGACGACGACGCGGUGGUGACCUUGCUUUGUGAGUGGGCGGUGUGCUGUAAGCGCUCUGGCAGACACAGGGCGAUGGUGGUGGCCAAGCUGCUGGAAAAGAGACAGGCCGAAAUAGAAGCAGAGAGGUGUGGUGAGUCGGAGGUGGUGGAUGAGAAGGGCUCUGUAUCAUCCGGCUCUCUCUCCGCUGCCACCCUGCCGGUCUUUCAGGAUGUGCUGCUGCAGUUCCUCGACACGCAGGCCCCCACUCUGACGGAGCCAGGGAACGAGAGCGAGCGUGUAGAGUUCUCCAACUUAGUCCUUCUCUUCUGUGAGCUGAUCCGUCACGACGUCUUCUCCCACAACAUCUACAUGUGCACGCUCAUCUCCCGCGGCGACCUGGCCUCAGACUCCCACCUGCCUUGUCCUCGUUCCCCCAGCGACGAGCCCUCUGACGAAUCAGAGCGCAAAGAGCAGGAUGCAGGCAGCAGUGUGAAGAUGGAGGACACGGGGCUGUCUGAGUCAAUGGAAAUCGAUCAUAACUCCAGUGCUAAUUUUGAUGAGAUGUUCUCACCUCCGAUGCACUGUGAAUCGAAGGGGAGCCCGUCUCCAGAGAAGACUGCUCCAGAGGCAGACAGCAAGCCCAACUGUAAGGAUAAGGGCAUGGACCCUGCCUUUCCUCAGCUGUACGAGCAACCCCGUCACAUUCAGUAUGCCACUCACUUCCCCAUUCCACAGGAGGAAAGUGCCAGCCAUGAAUGCAAUCAGCGUUUAGUGGUCCUCUACGGUGUCGGCAAGCUGCGAGAUGAGGCGCAACACACCAUCAAAAAAAUUACUAAAGACAUCUUGAAAGUGCUCAACCGCAAAAGCACAGCAGAAACGGGAGGGGAGGAAGGACAAAAGAGGAAGAGGAGUAAGCCGGAGGCCUUUCCCACUGCAGAAGAUAUCUUCUCCAAAUUCCAGCACCUCUCCCACUUUGACCAGCACCAGGUCACCUCCCAGGUGUCCAGAAAUGUGCUGGAGCAGAUCACCAGCUUUGCCUUAGGGAUGUCUUACCACCUGCCGCUCGUCCAGCACAUCCAGUUCAUCUUUGACCUCAUGGAGUACUCCCUUAACAUCAGUGGCCUCAUAGACUUCGCUAUUCAGCUUCUGAACGAGUUGACUCUGGUGGAAGCUGAGUUGCUGCUUAAAUCUUCCAGCCUAGUGGGAAGCUACACCACUAGCUUGUGUCUGUGCAUUGUCGCUGUGCUGAGGAGAUACCACUCCUGCCUCAUCCUUAAUCCUGAGCAGACAGCACAGGUUUUUGAUGGGUUACACAUUGUGGUGAAGUCUGGUGUAAACCCGGCAGACUGCUCCUCUGCAGAGCGCUGUAUCCUGGCCUACCUGUAUGACCUUUACAUCUCCUGCAGCCAUCUUAAGAACAGUGAAUUCUGCUCUAAAGUGAAAAACUCCAUCUACUGUAACAUUGACCCAUCGGACUCCAACAUGCUUUGGGAUCCUGUGUUCAUGAUGGAAGCCAUUGCAAACCCCUCGGCCAGCAACUUCAACCACUCCAUGGUUGGCAAAAUCCUCAACGACAGCCCAGCCAACCGUUACAGUUUUGUCUGCAAUGUGCUCAUGGAUGUCUGUGUGGACCACCGGGACCCUGAAAGGGUCAAUGAUAUUGGGAUCCUGUGUGCGGAGCUGACGGCCUACUGCCGCUCCCUGAGUGCUGAGUGGCUCGGCAUUCUCAAGGCUCUCUGCUGCUCCUCCAACAACGGCAACUGUGGCUUCAAUGAUUUGCUGUGCAACGUCGACGUCAGUGAUCUGUCCUUCCACGACUCCUUGGCAACUUUCGUUGCCAUCCUCAUUGCUAGGCAGUGCUUGCUUCUGGAAGACCUGGUUCGCUGUGUUGCCAUUCCCUCCCUUCUCAAUGCAGCCUGCAGUGAGCAAGACUCUGAGCCGGGAGCCAGACUCACCUGUCGAAUCCUGUUGCACCUGUUUAAGACGCCGCAGCGCAACCCUGUUCCCCAAGAUGGCGUGAAGACGGUUGGUAUCCGGUCGUCUUGUGACCGCCAUCUUCUGGCUGCGUCCCAGAACAGCAUAGUUGUCGGAGCAGUAUUUGCUGUCCUCAAAGCUGUGUUCAUGCUGGGCGAUGCUGAGCUAAGAGGGUCAGGUCUGUCACAUCCUGCCGGGCUUGACGACAUACCUGGGGGCCGCAAUGUCUCCAUAGAAACCGCCAGCUUGGAUGUAUAUGCAAAGUAUGUUCUGAAGACGAUCUGCCAGCAGGAGUGGGUUGGAGAACGCUGCCUCAAGUCUCUGUCGGAGGACAGCAGCGCCCUGCAGGAUCCGGUGCUGGUAAACAUUCAGGCUCAAAGGUUACUGCAGCUUAUCUGCUAUCCUCACCGCCAGCUGGACAGUGAUGAUGGUGACAACCCCCAGAGACAGCGUAUCAAACGCAUCCUUCAGAAUAUGGACCAAUGGACAAUGAGGCAGUCGUCCCUGGAACUGCAGCUGAUGAUCAAACAGAGCACAAACAACGAGCUCUAUUCCCUUCUGGAAAACAUAGCUAAGGCCACUAUAGAAGUUUUCCAAAAAUCAGCUGAGAUGAACUCAAGUAACCUCUCAGGAAAUGGAGCAACAGUUCAGGGUGGCUCUGCAUCCAGUAACAACAGCACCACGAGCAAGAUGAAACCCAUUCUAAGCUCAUCAGAGCGGUCGGGUGUGUGGCUGGUGGCUCCAUUGAUAGCCAAGCUGCCCACCUCAGUUCAGGGACAUGUGCUGAAGGCAGCCGGAGAGGAGCUGGAGAAAGGACAGCACCUCGGCUCCUCUUCACGCAAGGAGAGAGAUAGGCAGAAACAGAAAAGUAUGUCUCUGCUGAGCCAGCAGCCGUUCCUGUCUUUGGUUCUGACUUGCUUGAAGGGGCAGGAUGAGCAAAGGGAAGGCCUUCUCACUUCCCUCUAUAGCCAAGUACAGCAGAUAGUCACCAACUGGAGGGAAGACCAGUUCCAGGACGACUGCAAGGCCAAGCAAAUGAUGCACGAGGCUCUGAAGCUACGGCUGAAUCUUGUCGGCGGCAUGUUUGAUACAGUGCAGCGAAGCACCCAACAGACCACAGAGUGGGCAGUGCUGCUGCUCGACAUCAUCAGCAGUGGCACGGUCGACAUGCAGUCCAAUAAUGAGCUCUUCACAACUGUGCUGGACAUGUUGAGUGUGCUCAUAAAUGGUACGCUGGCAGCUGACAUGUCCAGCAUCUCUCAGGGCAGCAUGGAGGAGAAUAAGAGGGCUUACAUGAACCUAGUCAAGAAGCUCAGGAAAGAGCUUGGAGAUCGGCAAUCAGAGAGUUUGGAAAAGGUGCGCCAGCUUCUGCCGCUGCCCAAGCAAACCCGUGAUGUCAUCACCUGUGAACCUCAGGGCUCGCUGAUAGACACAAAGGGCAACAAAAUUGCUGGCUUUGAGAAGGAGGGUCUUCAAGUAUCUACCAAACAGAAGAUUUCUCCAUGGGACGUCUUCGAGGGUCUAAAAUACUCAGCUCCUCUCUCGUGGGGCUGGUUUGGCACAGUGCGCGUCGACCGUAAGAUCACUAAAUUCGAGGAGCAGCAGCGUUUCCUGCUCUACCACACCCACCAGAAGCCCAAACCUCGUAGCUAUUACCUGGAGCCGCUCAAACUGCUUCCUGAGGAGGAGGAGCCUCUCACACCGGUCUCCCAGGAGCCGGACAAGAAGAUGAUGGAGACGGUGAAACAGGAGAAGAACGUGCAAGCUGUGCCCACCGAGUCAAAAGCAAAGAAAAGCAACAAGAAAAAGAGGACGUCGUCCACUAAAACCGAGGACUUUACAAACCGCACACCAGGUGGCGUGAACUACCCACCUAAUAUGGCACCGGAGCUGAUGCCCAGCCACCCCUACAACAGACAACAAUACAACCCCCAGACCAUGGGCAUGUACCCCCAGAACCAGCCUCUGCCCCCAGGUGGCCCAGGUUUAGAGCCUCCAUAUAGACCUACCCGCAACCCACAGAUGAACAAAAUGAUGACCGCUCGGAAUAGCUAUCCUGCCAUGAUGCCGGGCAUGCAGGGUAACAUGCCGGGCAUGAUGGGGCUGGACAAGCCGUACCAAAUGGCUUACAAGCCCCAGCCCAACAUGCCUCAGGGCCAGAUUCUGCGACAGCAGUUACAGGUCCGACUGCAGAAUCAAAACCUGAUGGGGCAGCAGAUUAGACAGAUGACACCUAACCAACCAUACAGUUCCAUGCAAGCAUCACAGAACAUAUCUCAGGGCUACACCACAAUUGGAUCACACAUGGGCAUGCAGCAGCAUCCUUCCCAAGGUGGUGGGAUAGUUCCGCCCUCAUAUGGGAACCAGAACUUCCAGGGCACCCAUCCUGGCACCAACCCGGCUACGGUGGAUCCUCUUAGGCACAUGCAGCAGAGGCCCAGUGGUUACGUUCACCAGCAGGCUCCAGGCUACGCCCACAGUAUGCAGAACGCGCAGAGGUUUGCCCACCAGCCCCUCCAGCAGAAUCAGAUCAUGCACCCUCUCAGUCACAUGGGACCCCAGGGAGUCCAUCCAGGAAUGAGGCCAAAUCAGAUGCUGACAGAUCAACAGCAGCAACAGCAACAUCAGUACCUCAGACAGCAAACACUCAGACAGCAGGCCCAAGUCCAGCAGCAGCAGCAGGUCCAGCAGCAGGUCCAGCAGCAGGUCCAGCAGCAGGUCCAGCAGCAGGUCCAGCAGCAGGUCCAGCAGCAGGUCCAACAGCAGCAGGUCCCCCCCCAGCAGCAAGUUCCUCAGCAGCAGCAGCAGCAGCAGGUGUCGGCGGUGCCCCCCCCAGGCCAGGCGCAGAACCAGGGCCUGAGCAUGCAGCCGCUGCCCCCCCAGCAAGCCAUGUUCCCACGACAGGGAAUGCAGCAGACCCAGCAGCAGCAGCAGACGGCCGCUCUGGUCAGGCAGCUGCAGCAGCAACUCUCAAAUACACAACCAGGACAAGGCCCCAAUUCAUUCUACUGA